AUGCUAAUUCACCCUAUCUAUAAAUACAUACAUAAUUAAACCUAUAUAUGUAUCUAGGUACCCCCUCCCUUUCCCUCUCCCCCUUCCUCCUCUAUUAAGCUUUUCUUUGAACAUCUGCUUAUUUUUGGUGUUAUUCUUCCAGUUAGUUUGUUUUUGCAUUUAAAUAUACAUAUUAAGCUACUUAUUUAUUCACAAAAUGGGUUUGAAAGAUAUUGGGUCCAAAUUACCACCGGGGUUUCGGUUUCAUCCAAGCGAUGAAGAGUUAGUUUGUCAUUAUCUUUACAACAGGAUUAGGGCCAAAUCUGACCACGGUGAUGUUGAGGACGAUGACGUUGAUGAAGCCUUGAAGGGUGCUACUGAUCUUGUGGAGAUUGACUUGCAUAUUUGUGAGCCAUGGCAGCUUCCUGAUGUGGCAAAGCUGAAUGCAAAAGAAUGGUACUUCUUCAGUUUUCGCGAUAGAAAAUAUGCAACUGGAUAUCGUACAAACAGAGCGACGGUAAGUGGAUAUUGGAAAGCAACAGGGAAAGAUAGGACGGUGAUGGAUCCCCGAACAAGCCAAUUGGUAGGGAUGAGAAAAACACUGGUCUUCUACAGAAAUAGAGCACCAAAUGGGAUCAAAACUACAUGGAUCAUGCACGAGUUCCGUCUUGAAUGUCCAAACAUGCCACCUAAGGAAGACUGGGUCUUGUGCAGAGUGUUCAACAAAGGCAGAGACUUGUCAUUACAAGACAGUAACUAUAACAAUGGUCAUCAAACGCAAAGGUUUGAGGUCAAUGACGCUCCGGAUCUUAAUUACGCUCCUAAUUACAACAAUCAAUUGCAACCCUUACUAUCAUCCCCUCCUUCCACCACCAUCGACCCUCCACGUCAUCAUGAUCAAUGGGAGCAGCUAAUGAAGCAGUCUUCAAGGAUCAUAGACCAUCCCUAUCAUCACCAUUGUCAACAUCAAUCCAUAGCAUGUGGUUGGGAGCAUAUGAUGAUUGGGUCAAUGUCGUCAUCGUCGAGCCAUGGUCCUGAUCACGAGUCCUUACUUAAUUUGCUUUAUGCCGACAAAAACAACAGUGUCAACAUCGCUGCUGAUCAUCAUGAUAAGAACUAUGAGAAGAUAUUGUUGUCAUCAGACAUCGCGAGUUUAGAUCAUGACAAGACACGUAUGGGGUCAUCAUUCGAUGUUGGUAUGGUCUCUGAUCUUCACAUGGAAUGUGCUGGCUUGAGUUUUGAGACGGAGAACCUCCUCACUUUCAGUUAAAAACAUAUAACUUAAAGGCUUUUACAUAUAUUCGCCGAUUUGUUGAUUCGUGAAAUAUACAUAUAUAGUUCCUGUAGAUUUACAAAAUAUUAUACAUGUAAGUUGUGUGGCUUUGGGUAUAGUGUUUGUGAUUCUAGGUUUUAAGGAGGUUAUUAUCAUUAGUGUUUUUAGUUUUUUUUUUGGGUAAUACAUGUCAUUUAUACUUAUAAAUAUUAUUGUCAUUAUAAGUUUCUUGUUGUAAAUAAUUAAUCAAAGAUAUUCAUCA